CCGAGGCCAACUGGGAGGCUGAGUUGGACGUAAAUAGGACGUCCCAGACAGUGUCGCCUGCGGCGCUGAGAAGACGGUGUGGCUUGGGAGAGGGUGGAGACGACGACUGUGACGGGCUUCCCGGCUGCCCGAAGUGGGAGUGGUGUGGGCUGCCGGAAGGAGAGAGGAAGAGGAGCAGAAGGGGGCAAGCAGCGGCCUCCGCUAGCGGCCUCCGCUGACGGCCUCCCGGGGCGCUGAGAGGCUGGGCCGGCUCCCGGCUCGCUCGUCAGUUCGUGCCGCCGCCUCGGCCACUCGGCCCCGGGGCCCGGACUUGCGGCGCGCGUCGGGGCGGAGGGCUGCUAUCGCCGCGCAGGGAGAGGCCCGGUCCUCGCCGCCGAGGGAUGUGAGUGGGAGCAGAACCCGCACGGGAGGGCCCCCGAGGGCCCAGCCUGGCGGACGCUCGGACCCUUGCCCGCUCCAGGGGCUUCGAAGAUCGUGGCCGGGCGGAGGCGCCGGGUAGGAGCAGUCCCUGCGGCCUCGGGGCGCGUCCUCGUCGCCUGAUCCGUGCAGCGGGUUUCGGAAGCAGGCAAGGCAACAAGAUGUGACCUGUUUCUCUUCUGCAGAAGAGGCCCUUCCUCCCCUUCCCGCGAAGGCAAAUGUUCUGAAAAAAAGACUGCAUGGGAAUGGCAUGCCUUACAAUGACAGAAAUGGAAGGAACAUCCUCAUCUCCUGUACAUCAAAAUGGUGAUAUUCCUGGAAAUGCUAAUUCUGUGAAGCAAAUAGAUCCAAUCCUACAGGUCUAUCUUUAUCAUUCCCUUGGAAAAGCUGAGGGGGAUUAUCUGAAGUUUCCAACUGGAGAGUAUGUUGCAGAAGAGAUUUGUGUUGCUGCUUCUAAAGCUUGUGGAGUCACACCUGUGUAUCAUAGUAUGUUUGCUUUAAUGAAUGAAACAGAAAGGAUCUGGUAUCCACCCAACCACGUCUUCCAUAUAGAUGAAUCAACCAGGCACAAUGUACUCUACAGAGUCAGAUUUUACUUUCCUUACUGGUAUUGUAAUGGCAGCAACAGAACCUAUAGGCAUGGAAUAUCUCGAGGUGCUGAAGCUCCUCUUCUUGAUGACUUUGUCAUGUCUUACCUUUUUGCUCAGUGGAGGCAUGAUUUUUUGCAUGGAUGGAUAAAAGUACCUGUUACUCAUGAAACACAGGAAGAAUGUCUUGGGAUGGCGGUGUUAGAUAUGAUGAGAAUAGCCAAAGAAAAGGAUCAGACCCCCCUGGACAUCUAUAGCUCUGUCAGCUACAAGACAUUUUUACCAAAAUGUGUUCGAGCAAAGAUCCAAGACUAUCAUAUUUUGACAAGGAAGCGAAUAAGGUACAGAUUUCGCAGAUUUAUUGAGCAAUUCAGCCAUUGCAAAGCCACUGCCAGAAACUUGAAACUUAAGUAUCUUAUAAAUCUGGAAACUCUUCAGUCUGCCUUCUACACAGAGCAAUUUGAAGUAAAAGAACCUGGAAGAGGUCCUUCAGGUGAGGAGAUUUUUGCAACCAUUAUAAUAACUGGAAACGGUGGAAUUCAGUGGUCAAGAGGGAAACAUAAAGAAAGUGAGACACUGACAGAACAGGAUUUACAGUUAUAUUGUGAUUUUCCUGAUAUUAUUGAUGUCAGUAUUAAACAAGCAAACCAAGAAGGCUCAAAUGAAAGCAGAAUUGUAACUAUUCAUAAGCAAGAUGGUAAAAGUCUAGAAAUUGAACUUAUGUCAUUAAGAGAAGCUUUGUCUUUUGUGUCAUUAAUUGAUGGAUAUUACAGGUUAACUGCAGAUGCACAUCAUUAUCUUUGUAAAGAAGUAGCACCUCCAAUGGUGCUUGAAAAUAUACAAAGCAACUGUCAUGGCCCAAUUUCAAUGGAUUUUGCCAUCAGUAAACUGAAGAAAACUGGUAAUCAGACUGGACUCUAUGUACUUCGAUGCAGUCCUAAGGACUUUAAUAAAUAUUUUCUGACUUUUGCUGUUGAGAGAGAAAACGUCAUUGAAUAUAAGCACUGUUUGAUUACAAAAAAUGAGAAUGGAGAAUACAACCUCACUGGUACUAAGAAGAACUUCAGUAAUCUUAAAGAUCUUUUGAAUUGCUAUCAGAUGGAAACUGUUCGCUCAGACAGUAUAAUUUUCCAGUUUACUAAAUGCUGUCCCCCAAAGCCAAAAGAUAAAUCAAACCUUCUAGUCUUCAGAACCAAUGGUAUUUCUGAUGUACCAACCUCACCAACAUUACAGAGGCAUAAUAAUGUGAACCAAAUGGUGUUCCACAAAAUCAGAAAUGAAGAUCUGAUAUUUCAUGAAAGCCUUGGCCAAGGAACUUUUACCAAAAUUUUUAAAGGUGUAAGAAGAGAAGUAGGAGACUAUGGUCAACUGCAUGAAACAGAAGUUCUUUUAAAAGUUCUGGAUAAAGCACAUAGAAACUAUUCAGAGUCUUUCUUUGAAGCAGCAAGCAUGAUGAGCCAGCUUUCUCACAAACAUCUGGUUUUAAAUUAUGGAGUAUGUGUCUGUGGAGAGGAGAAUAUUCUGGUUCAGGAGUUUGUAAAAUUUGGAUCACUAGAUAUAUAUCUGAAAAAGAAUAAAAAUUCUAUAAAUAUAUUAUGGAAACUUGAAGUGGCUAAACAGCUGGCAUGGGCCAUGCAUUUUCUAGAAGAAAAAACCCUUAUUCAUGGGAAUGUGUGCACCAAAAAUAUUCUUCUUAUCAGAGAAGAAGACAGGAAGACAGGAAAUCCUCCUUUCAUCAAACUUAGUGAUCCUGGCAUUAGUAUUACAGUUUUGCCAAAGGACAUUCUGCAGGAGAGAAUACCAUGGGUACCACCUGAAUGCAUUGAAAAUCCUAAAAAUCUAAAUUUGGCAACAGACAAAUGGAGUUUUGGUACCACUUUGUGGGAAAUCUGCAGUGGAGGAGAUAAGCCCCUGAGUGCUUUGGAUUCUCAAAGAAAACUACAGUUUUAUGAAAAUAGGCACCAGCUUCCUGCACCAAAGUGGACAGAAUUAGCAAAUCUUAUUAAUAAUUGUAUGGAUUACGAACCAGAUUUUAGACCUUCUUUCAGAGCCAUCAUACGAGAUCUUAAUAGUUUGUUUACUCCAGAUUACGAACUAUUAACAGAAAAUGACAUGUUACCUAAUAUGAGAAUAGGUGCCCUAGGGUUUUCUGGUGCUUUUGAAGACCGAGACCCUACACAAUUUGAAGAGAGACACUUGAAAUUUCUACAGCAACUUGGCAAGGGUAAUUUUGGCAGUGUGGAGAUGUGCCGGUAUGACCCUCUACAAGACAACACUGGAGAGGUGGUGGCUGUGAAGAAGCUCCAGCACAGUACUGAAGAGCACCUCAGAGACUUUGAAAGGGAAAUUGAAAUCCUUAAAUCCUUGCAACAUGACAACAUUGUAAAGUACAAGGGAGUGUGCUACAGUGCUGGCCGGCGUAAUCUAAGAUUAAUUAUGGAAUAUUUACCAUAUGGAAGUUUACGAGACUAUCUCCAAAAACAUAAAGAACGGAUAGAUCAUAAAAAACUUCUUCAGUACACAUCUCAGAUAUGCAAGGGUAUGGAGUAUCUUGGUACAAAAAGGUAUAUCCACAGGGAUCUGGCAACGAGGAAUAUAUUGGUGGAGAAUGAAAACAGAGUUAAAAUAGGAGAUUUUGGCUUAACCAAAGUGUUGCCACAAGGCAAAGAAUACUACAAAGUGAAAGAACCUGGUGAAAGUCCCAUAUUCUGGUAUGCGCCAGAAUCACUGACAGAGAGCAAGUUUUCUGUGGCCUCAGAUGUUUGGAGCUUUGGAGUGGUUCUGUAUGAACUUUUCACAUAUAUUGAGAAGAGUAAAAGCCCACCAGCGGAAUUUAUGCGUAUGAUUGGCAAUGACAAACAAGGACAGAUGAUUGUGUUUCAUUUGAUAGAACUCCUGAAGAAUAAUGGAAGAUUACCAAGACCAGAUGGAUGCCCAGAUGAGAUUUAUGUAAUCAUGACAGAAUGCUGGAACAAUAAUGUAAACCAACGCCCCUCUUUCAGAGACCUAGCUCUUCGAGUUGAUCAAAUAAGAGACAGCAUGGCUGGAUGAAAGAAAUGAACUUCACUCUGAGACCAAAAUAGACUUACAGAACAAAGUGUUGUAUUUCACAUUACUGUGGACUGUUACUACAUGUAUCAUUAUUAUGUAUAUCAUGACUUUAGCCAGCAAAGGUGUGGAAAUAUCUGCUCAGAGCUUUCAAAAGUUUAGUGAGUUUUUCUUCAUGAGGACACCAGCCAAAGACACUGAUGAAAAGUCCUUAGCAAAGAGUUUUGUAAAAAUUUUCGUGAACCUAAUCAGUCAGUUAAUAUCACCUUUGGCAAAAGAAGAAACAGACUUUUUUCAACUCAGAAUUAUGAGAGAUGAAAAAAUUGUAAAUGUUAAAUAUGCACAGAAUACGUAUGUACAGUUUUUACCACAGUGAAUGUAUAAUACCUUGGCAUCUUGUGUGAUGUUUUACACAAGAGCUGGUAUUCAUAAAUAAUGUUUUCUAAUUUUUCCAUAGUUGAUCUGUAAUAACUUCACUGUACAAAUUAAGAUGCUCAGAUAAUUGAAUAAGCACCUUUGUGUCCUUGUUCAUCUAUAUCACUGGCCAGCAAUAUAAGCAGGUGUAUACUUUUAGCUUGUUGUUCUAUGUACUGUAAAUAUUUUUCAAAGCAAAGGGAACAAAUGUUUAGUUUUAUUUGUAUAGGGAAUUUCCCUGACUCUAAAGAAUACAUUUUGAGAUGGAACAAGUUUACAAAGAUAUAACACAA